CCUGACUCACUGAGGGAACUCUCAGGGCUCAGUAGCCUGAGGGCGACAGUUCAGUUCAGAUAAUGGAGAAUCCUCUCUUCCGUCUGAAAAGUGUUAGUACCACAUGGCUGAGCACCAGCUCCACCAGCUGGGCAAUGGACAUGAUCCUUGCCGUUCUGUGUGGGUUGCUGCUCUUUAACCUACUGAUCCCUUUCCUGGAGACUGAUCCAUCCUUCCCAUUAACUUGGAAAAAGGAAAACAUCAGAAAGCCCCACGUGGAAAAGAAGGGGCGGGGAAAAAGAAGAAAGAAAAAGAAGAGCUAUAUUCUGAAAGCUUGCAGAGAGUGCCGAAGGGAACUGGAGGAGACUCGGCAGCUAGUUUUAGUUCUACAAAGCCUCCUACACAAGCUCCCCGGAAACGCCGAAGUCAAUCACCUCUCUCAUGGAGAUGCCCCAGAGCCUCAAGAAGACCAGCCUGCCUUGAGGAGGCUGCCCCCAGGCACUGGGCCCCACGACUCCUGGCUCAGUAAAUCCUGUUUGGCAUCUUUCGUCAGGUUUCUCUUAGGCCCUGACCUCCUUCACCACUGUCUUUCAUGCUUCUCCUGGUGCUGGGCAACUGCCAAGGCCACCUUCUUCUCCAGCUGGGCACAUGGCAAAUCCCAGCAAGAACAUCUGUCUCCCCACCCACCAGACACUGUGCUCUGGGAAAGCCCCUCACACUGGCAGGCAGAGGCGGGAAGAGGGGACCAUGCUUUCAUCCACCCUGACAUGCAGAAGCUGCUGGAGAUGCUGAUCAGCAAGAGAGUCAAACAGAAAAUGCUCCAGGAAAAACCAAAGGGCGGCUCAUUUUUCCAACCGGUGAACACAGACCACCCCCGGGUUUCUCUGAGAAACCUGUUAAAGUCACUGGGUGACAAACUCACCUCUGCACAGCCCUUCUGCAGCACAAAGGGCAAAGCAGAGUGGCUUCUUGGGUCUCAGCAGCCCUCUCUCCACAAGGUCCUGGGCAGCCCUUUAGAGCGUGAAUGCAGCCUACUCUUCUGGGGCCUGCCCUCUCUGCACAGUGAGUCCCUCGUGGCCACUGCCUGGGCUGGUGAAAGAUCUUCAUCUACAUGGUCUCCAACUAUUAAAUUUAAUGAAGUUCCCACACAUAUGUCAGAUCCAUUACUACGCAAUUUACCCACAUUUCUGCCGUCUGUCCAGCCGCCAGCCCAACUCCUGUGCUUUCCCCCAAAGCCACAGCCUACCUGUCCAUCCCAGGUCAGGGCCUGUGGAACAACUUGCUUUACAUCCCAGAAGAAGGCACAGUCGUUUCUUCCUAUUGAAAAUCAGGACCUCGAAUGGACCCUGCAGAAGCCAUUGAAAUGGAGACAGGCUUUAAACUCUAAGCUCCAAAAAGGUCAAGAACCCAUUAGCCUACCUACUCUCAACCUUCCUCAAGGCAGCCAGGCCUCUGAGGCCCCACAGUCUUUCUCCAUGCUUUCUGGGGAUUCUUGCAGCGCUGUACUGGAGAAGAAACCAGAGUGUCACAGGCCAGGGAGAUUCAACAGAGAUGAGGGGAGCGAGAACUUGCCCCACCCUGCUUUCAGGUUCAUACCAUCCCAGGGUCUCAUACAACAUUUGGGCAAAUUCCCAAGGAAGUGUGAGGGCCAGGCACAGCACAGCCAGGGACCCACCCAGCCCACCCGGCCCUCAGCACUUGCUUGUGGAAAGAACAAAGCUGUCCAGAAUACAGGGUCCCGGCCGUCUGACAGUCCCUUUAAUAAGGGUCUGGUAACCCUCAAACGAGAGGACAGAAGGAAAGUUCCACAAGAUACAAACAAAGGCAGGAAAGAUGCAUCCAAGAGUACAGGAAGCACCUCAUGGAAGGUUCAGCAGCACAAAGGUGCACAAAGUAACAUCAUGGGGCCUGAGAAGUAUGACUCGGGUGGUCACUUCUCUAGGGGGCAAGAACAGAAAUGUCUGCAAAAAGACCUGCAAGUCCAUCUGAACAGGAAGUUGGGGCAAAUCGAAGAAGGCACGAUCCCUGUGUGUGUAAGAUCUUGGCUUACUGACAAACACACUUCACCCAAGUCAAACAACCACUCACAACCCACAAAUCUUAAAUACUCCAACGGUCUGGAAAAGUGUGUGAACACCUCUCAGGUGCUUGCCUUCCUUGAUCCCAGAACUCAUCUAUUGUUGGAAGUGCAUAUGAAAAACUAUCGGUUAAGGCACAAGUGGGGGACACUCUUGCAGAACUUUGAGCCUAGAAACGUCCACACAGGUGAGGCUCAAGCCUUGCCCUCUCCACAGCCCACAUUUGCCUCCUUGGAGACCUAUGACUCCACGGCUGACUUCACUGCCAAAUUAGCCACUUUCCAGCAAGAAAUUCCUGGGAAAGUUCCAGGACAGAACGAGACAACAAAAAUAUCCUUUCCCAGUCUGCAGAGCCCUCUCCCUGCCACCAGGUCAUCUGCAUGGAAGGAAGUGCAGAGAUCUGGCACUGGGACCCCAUCUGAUCACAAUGAUGGGCCCUCCGACAUCCCUCCAACUGCACAGGAGGUUGGGCUUCCUUCUGCUGCCUGCACCCAGCAGAGCAGCACUGUUCUCAGGAUCGAGAGAGGCAGCCCAGGGCCCACUCCAGGCCCAGCAAUGGCCAAGCAUGAUCCAGGGGAGGGGACUGGGAUGGUGGCCUUCAGAGGUACCUGCCGCAGCACACCAACGCUGGAAGUCAAACUACUGUCCCCACUCUCGGUAGCCAAAGAGAGCAGGAGGCCAGAGGUGGAGGAGAGGCACCCGGCAUGGGAAGUCACCGUAGGAGCCAGCACGAUGGAAAACUCUCAGAACAUCAACAUCAGCCUAAGGCCUUUAGGGUCUCAGGACACCAGUAUUCACUCCUCCCCCUCUAAUCAAGCUCCAAAUGUCGGGAGAAAAGUGGAGUGUCAGCUGGACAUCAAUAGGCCCAGGGAGAGACAGAGUCCUCCGCCACUGGUCAGGAAGGUAGAUACCCCUGGGACCAAAUCCUCUCCACACCUGCCAGAGAAGGGCCAGGCUCCUAUAAAAAGCCUAAUUAAAAAGAUGAAGUACUUUCUGCAGUAUCCUAAUACUAAUAAACAAUGCAAAGGGCAGGAAGACUUCAGGCAAAAAAGCAAGCCCUCAUCAGCCCUUGCUCAGAGCAGAGUAUCAAUCAUAAACAGAGUGGACACAAUCAGGGAGGAACCAAAAGUGCAGAUGCUGCUGAAAGUUAUUCGACAGAUUCUGUUAAAGAAAUUAGGGCUUCUCCACGAAAGUGCUCCUUCAGGCGCAAACUCCCAUAAAGCAGAACCUCCUGGACCUGUGGGUAGGCGUGCCUGCUACCACAGGCUUCCCUCCAGCCCAGACAAGAGGACAACAGUGAAAGACAUGGCCUGUGCUCACAACAACCCCAGUGACCACAGCCA